AACAAUCUAACAUCAUGAUGACGCACAAAGACUCUUGCCCUCUGCCUCUUCUCCACCCAGUGCCGUAGUUCCCUAUUACGAGUGCUAGGAAUAGGCUUUUUUUAUCUGUGCAGUUGGGAAACGGGUCUGGACUACUACAGUGGGACAAAUAUUUAAGAUUGAGAACUGAGACAAUACACUGCAGAACCAUGCCAUCGAUUGAGAAGAUUUUGUACUUCCUGUCCAGUGCUGGUUUAUCUAUAAUCGGCGUGGCGGUCCUCAGUUACGGGAUGUCAGCAGAGUGGGCCUCCUCCAUCAUGGCCUGUUCACCUAAAAUUAACAAUGGAACAUUUGAGUCAAAUGGAACUGCAACCAUUCGCAUGGGACUGUUCAAAGGCAGUGAGGUCAAAGUUUCCUGUCCUUUUUUUUCCCCUGGUGGACAAAAUUUUAUAGUGUUUGAAAGGCUCAGUAACAUUGGGGGUGAUGGAAUAGGCUUACAUGCCACGGUGGUUGUUCUGUUGGUCUUUGCUCUGGUGGCCUCUGCAGGUAGUAUACUCAUCACUCUCUACAACGCCAUCAGUAAUCCAUAUGAAACCUAUAUGGGUCCUAUUGGAUUGUAUGUCUGCAGUGGAAUAAGUGCAUGCUUGGCGUUUUUGGCAAUGAUCCUGUUCCUGAUUAAUCUGCUUGGGAUCAACAUAGCAAAGGAGAUGCUGUUGGAGGGAGACAAUGAGAUAACGCUGAAGGAUGGGGAUCUGACAAUCGAGGCUGGCUUUUUUAUGAUUCUGCCGUACAUUAUCGUUAACCUGCUCGCCAUACUCCUGGUGUAUCUGUAUGCACAUGCAGCCUACAGACAACGCCAAGAACAGCAGAAACCCACGGAGGAUGCACCCAAAGAGAUUCUGAUGUACUAAUGUGCAGAAGAGUCUGUCCAUAAGACUACGUGAUUGAAGACAUUCAUGAUAGGAGGUUCCACUAUAGAUAUAUUAGACACAAAGAUCAGCGACAUUUCUGCAACUAGGGUACGCUUACAAUGUGACCAGAAGAAAUACUGCAACAAAUGUUUUGGAUGAAAAAACAACAACAACAACAACAACAACAAAAUUCAUUUCAUUCUGCUUUUCUGUCUUUCCUAAAUAUAAAAAAAGUAAAUACAUGUUAUAUUGUUCUCUGUCCUAAGCAUUUAAUGUAAAUGAUGUCCUUUAAAUAUUCUCAGAAAUAUAUUUAUAUUAUAUAUUAUAUAUUACUAUAUAUUAAUAUAUUAUAUAACUAUAUAUUAAGUACCUCCUCACACAUAUCAGCUUUUUUAAUACACCCAUAAUUAUUUAUUGGUAUUGGCCAAAGAUCUCACUCUGAUCAUUUUAUUCCAGAGACCUUUGUUGCAUAAUAUUAACCCUUUCAUGGCAUGUUGGGUUCUGAUUAGGAGAGUAAAUUCAAGUGCCUAUCAUUCCUGUUGACUUGUCUCACAACAUAAGAAAACUUUAUCAUAUGUAAAACUCCUAGAAACAACACAUAGAAGAUCCUUCCACUUUUUUCCUGGGUAUCCAACUUUUUUCUUUUUUUUUUGACACAUAAAAUCAGAAACUUUAAAACUUUGAUUUAAUCAGUUUUAGCAUGGGUUAUUUUUACUGUGUUGUGUUACUAAGUUAUUAUCUUCUUAAGGUGUGUUAUACAAACAGUGAAUCUGUUCUUCCUUCCACACAAAUGAGUUAGAUAUCAUCUCUUCUUGUGUAAAAUUCAGAAUGUUAAUUAUACUAAUUAGAACCUUAAUAGCAGUGAGAGACAAUACUUUUCAUGAAGAGCAUUUACCCCAGUGUGUUUUGUCACUAGGUGGCAGAAGUGUUUUGUUUGUCUCAUCUUUUCUAGUCUACCUGAGUGUUGCACAGUUAUUUUCCAUGGAUUCCUCUGUGCAUUUGGGUCUUCAGUAUUCUAACACAGUCACUUUUUUAGAACAUAAACCACUCAAAUGUGUGCUGACAAAUACAGUAAUUUUAGCUUUUUCCAAAUUCCACUCUCAAGAAAUUCCCUUUUGUCCCAAAUUAUGUAUCCUUGGCUGACACCUUGAGACAUUAUUUAAAAACAAUUUGAAGACAAAUUGUUGGACAUAUGCUUAGUUCAUGCUAGAUUCUGGAUUAGUAUAUACUGGAAGAACUGUAUGUGGAUCUAUGAAGACUUUACUGAAAGAGUUAACUUCCUGUUUAAUAAUGAGAAUAAUAUACAGUACAUUGGGGUUCAAAAAUGUGAGAGCACUAGUGACAUUGCUUCUGUUUGACUUUUUGUUUGUUUUUCAAAAAAACAUUUUUGAAAAACAAAUAGGGUUUUUUUUUAAAUUUGUUUUUGUUACAAAUUAUAUUAUCAGCAAUAUCUUGAGUGAAAUGUAGACGCUUAAAAAUAUUUACAUGAAUUUCAGAGUUUCUUAGUAAUAAGACUCACAGAAAAUCUGAGUUAACAUGGUAGUUAAUAUCACAAAUUUGCUUACAUUUAAAUAGGGAACUAGAAUUUCUGCAACAUUACAUUUACAUUUAUUCAUUUAGCAGACGCUUUUAUCAAAAGAGACUUACAAAUGAGGAAAUACAAACAAAUCGAUAUAUAUCAAGCAAUACAAAAUGAACACAUUCGAUAUGAAUAUUGAACAGUCAAGAUGUCACACAUUUUUAUAAUAAAAAAUUAUCAAUUUUUUAUUUUAUAUUUAACAAGUCCCAGGUUUUCAGUGUGGUCUCUGACUUUUGGACCCCACUGUAUAUAUGAUAAAAUGCAAAUGAGAAGUCUUGUAUAAAACAUGGGGUACAUUUUUGGAAUUUAUGAAGGAGACAGAAUGUGGGACAGGCCCCUGAUUUUCCAGUUAUAUUUGUACUUUUGCAUGUACUUGAGUUAUUAUUUUUUAUUUCUAAAUAACAAUUAAUAUUUAUAAUUCUGUUCUUUAACAACUGUGUGUGAUUGUACGUCAUUUUAUGCAGUGUAGUUUGGAGGUUUUGAAUGGGUGCAGGGAUGAGAUUUGUGUUUUUAUUGUGUAAAAUGUUAAACUUAAUAAAUAAUAAAUACAAAGGUUUUUGGCUAU